CAUGGCGCCAACCUGAACACCAAAGCGAGUAAAGACGGACCGUAAUAUUUUGGUUUACGGUCGUGCCGUAUUUGACGUGAUUGACAGGUGAGCAUAGCGUACAUUAUUUUGAAGAGCAAGAUAGUCUUUGUGACACGUUAUGGCUAGCAGAAGCAGAAAAAGGAAGCGAGCAGCCACAGCUGAGGUUGAAGUGGAAGAGAUUACGCCAGUGAAGCGAGAAAUUGGAACAUCUGAAGAAGAGGAUGAGAUUACACAAGAUGCUCAAACAGCUCGUCCAAGUCGAAACAGGAGGAAAUCAGUGAAACUAGCAGAAGCAGAGAGUAGUGUGAAAACACCCAACACAGAACCACAAAGACUUGGUGUUAUCUCUCUUCAUCAUGAGAAAGGUGGAAAGAAAGAUUCUGGAGAUUCAUGGAGGAUCACAUCUUCCAAUAAGCCAAGGAAGAAGUCAGCUUUUGAAUCUCAAGAUAAAGAUAACGAAGUAGAAGAGAAGAGUCAAUUGCUUCAUGUUGUUAGUAAAGGCAAACGACAGCAGACAAUUAAAAUCAAACCUCUUCACAAACCAGAACCAACAGAUGAGAAACCAACCCCAUCAAGGUCAGGAAAGAAGUCUCAUCAGAAGGUUCCACCCCCCAUCACAGCUACAGGGGACUCAAAUGUGACUGUCAAGGAGGAUAGCGGAAUUAAACUGAAAUUUAUUUUGUCUCCAAAAGAUAAAGGUAAAAAUAUUCCUGAGGUGGAAGCUAGUGAAGGAUCUAAAGAAAGACAAUCAGCAUCCAGGGAAAAAUCAGGAAAAUCCUCAAUGAAGGAUAAAGACGAACAUGUGAAAGCAAAGCUUGUAUUCAGUGAUCAAGUGCUCAAAUUAGAUGGGGAUAAGGCUGUGGUAGGACAAACUAAGAAACGGAAACAUGGAGAGACAGAAUUAGAAAUGUUGGACACGCCAGAUACAAGCAAAGGAAACAAGAAGAAAAAGACAUCUACUGAAGAACAGGCAGUCUCGAAACAAGCUGGAAAAUUAACACCAGGAAGUAAAGUGGGUUCAAAACUUAAUACUAAAGCCAUGUCUUCCAAUAAAGCAACGAGUAAGGGAAACUCAAAACUUUCCCAGAAACCUCCUGAUAAAUCAGGACAGGAAAAGACUGAUAACAAAGGCCGUACAAAGAACAAGACACCUGAUGAAACAAACAGUCAAUCUGGCAAUAUAUCCAAAGAUGAGGAUAAGUCAAAGAAGAAGAAGCCCAAGGCUAAUACAAUAGCAGCUAACUUCAAUCUACUAUCAGCUGAUGAGUCAAUUGAGGAUCUAGUGAUCGAUGAAUCAAAAUCAGAAUCUUCUAAGAAAGCUAAGUCUAGCAAGACAAAGUCGGACAAGAAGAAGAAAUCAAGUGAAUUGGACUCCUUCCAUAAAAGCAAAAAGCACAAGAGCAAAGACAUGAAGAAACACAAAGCAAAGUUCAUCAACACAGGUACCAAGAAACCAGGUCACAGUGUAGGUCUAGAUCCAGUCACUGCUUCACAUAUGCUUGGUCAGUUUGACAGUGUCCCUCCCCAUCCUCAACCCAGUCUGGAUCUCAAGGGACCAGGACUUGAUGAUGAGAGUUUUUUUAUGGCUGGCAAUGAUGCGAUGGUUCCUGCAUUGUCAGCAGACACUGUUACCAUGGGACUUACUGAACUGGGCUUCCCAGGCAUGUUUGGAAAGAUGAAAAAGAAUGGCAAGAAGUCUAGUAAGAAAGCUGAUAAAGAAAAGAAGAAAAAGAAGAAGAAAGAAAAACUGAAGAAAGAUGGGAAAUCUAAGGAGAAGAAGCCCUUAUCAGCAUACAUGUUAUGGUGUGGUCAAACAAGACGUAAAGUAGUAGCGCAGAAUCCAGGGCUGGAUUUCUCUGGCAUCAGUAGGAUGAUGGGGACACUGUGGCAACAACUCCCUGAGAAGGAGAAGCAAGUCUGGUACCGCAAGCAGCAUCUUCAGAACAUUAAACACAAGAAUGUGCCCAGCUUGUCAAAGCAGAAAUUCCGUCGAUCAAGUUCAUCGGGUAAAGGUUCACGUUCUCCUCAUGGGAGUCCAGUCAGACAUUUCUCUCCAAGGACCGAACCAAUUGACUGUGCAGCACACUUCAAACUUCUUGGAGAGUCUUUAAAAUUAGUUGGAGACCGACUACAAAACCAUGUUGGUCAGAUGGAAGUUCAUGGGAGUCUGUCUGUUCUCUUGGAUUCAACAUUAUGUGUCCUGGGUCCUCUAAUGUCUCUUACCAGUCAGGUGCCAGAGUUGAACUGCAUCAGUAAGGAAUCAAUAAGCACAACAGUGGACAACAUAGCCUACAUCAUGCCUGGCUUGGGAUGAUGACCACAUAUUACAAUGGUAGCAUAGGUCAUCUCUCUACAGACAAGGCAAAGCAGAUCAAGAACAUGUCGAAUAAAGCCAUAGGAAGAGUAUUCCAGAGCUGCAUUAUGCUUAGUGUGGGUUGAAUAUGCAGAUUACAAUGGCAAUUUAAGUGAUUGCUCACAGGUAAAGCAGGUGUCAGGCAAAGCCACAGUGGCUGUCUCAUUAACUACUCACUUGGACCAUGCACCGUUGCCUGGAGAAGCAAGCAGUUGUCAAAGUGCAUGUAUGUCUACAGGUUGAUCAGGCUGGCCUUGAAUUAGUGCACACACUAAAGAGCGGACAGGUUGUAUGUGACCAUAUAAAACCUAUGACACUUCCAUGCUGGUUCUAGUGGGAACUAUUUCACAAUGACAACAGUUGGUAUUCCAAUUGGAAAUCUCUAAGCAUAAUGCAUUACACAACACUCUUACAAAUACUAGCUUCUGUGAAGUGUGAUAUUCUGAAACUUCAAGUGAGACCUCUUACAUUUGUAUAGUUUGAACUUCAGAUUUCCUAUAUGUAUUGGACUGGAAUUAUGCACAGAUUUUAAAAUGUAAGAUUGCCAAGUUUUGCAGUUUGGAUAUUUGGUAUAAACUUGUUUUAAUCAUGCUUUGGAAGUUGAAACAUUCAACUGAAAAGUUGUUUGCGGUCUUUUUAUGUCAUUUUUAGUCAUCAAUUUAGAAUCACUGUUUUUAUUCUUUGCAGAAAGCAUGAUAAACUGUUACAUUGGGGGUAGAUUUUAAGUGGAAAUGUUCAUUGGAUCGUUUCCAAAAUACAUGUAUGCUGACAUAUCUGAUCAGUACCAAAAAAGGGUGAUCAGAGAAAGUGGCUGGCCAGAGAUAAGUGGAGCCAAAAAUGCAUUACAAAAAAAUGCAAAAACUUCCAGAACUUCCCAAUGUUGCUUGCACAUUGUGUGUUUACUUUUGAAAUGUUGGGACAGUUUUUGAAACCAAAGUCCUGUUUUGUUCAGAAUUCAGACAGAACAAAUUCACACCGGUUUCUACUGUAGAUGCUUUUUCAGUAAACUUUCACUAAGAUGUAAUUUAAAGAAAUUAUAUUCGUAGGCCUUUGGGGUCAAAAACUUGCAGAGAAGCACUUUUGUUGAGGUUUUGAAGCAGUGGUCAAGACCACUGUAGUGUGAAAUAGAGAAGUGGUUGUAAACAUCGUUUGCCAGAGAAUUUCAUGAAAUCCGUGGGAAUAGAAACAUGAAAUUAUGAUACUACCUGUACAUGUAGUUAUGGUGAAAUUAUGGUGCCAUAAAGAUCAAUGGCCAUGGUUACUCCAGUGGGAAAGAGAACAAAGUGGGGGCUAGACGGUUAAAUGUAUUUACUGUUAUUUUUCUUCCAACUUUGUAAACUGAUUGCCCUUGAAUCUAGCACUUUAUGGCUAUGCAUGCCCAGGUCAAAACAGUUUUCAGUGUGUAAUACUACCUGUAAUGUUGGAAUGCCUUCAAUAAAAAAAAGGUUUCUGAUAUUGUAUCCCGGCAAGAGUAGUAUGUAUUUAUGUAACAAAGGCAUUUUGGCAUGAGCAUAAAGGAAUCCUUGCAUUAUGAAAACGGCGACAAGCUUGCUCUGUAGAUGAGGUCAACACUGCGACUGGGUCCAAAAUUCUUUAAGUAACACAAAAUCUGACAGUGCAGCCUUAUCUGCAGCAUUGCACGUCUCGUGGACAUGGAAAGACUCCUUUCAGUUCUGCACACUGCCACAGACUCACAGUAUUAAACGUAAUGUUCUAGAUGACAGUCCUCACACAGAUGUGCAUUUGCCUUUGUUUACUGUCACAUCAUUGCUUACAGUUAAGAUUCCUGUAAUGUGCCCCGUUUUGGUGGUAGUGAACUCAGCUCACAUAUACACAUGUGCACAAUCAAUUUUCAUGCAAUUCUAAUGUACUUUUAUUUCCUAGUCUAUAUUUAAAAACUUCCAACUACAUGUGUAUCUUUUAACAGAAAUAUUGUAUAUAAAAGUCUCAGAUUUGCUGAAUGUCAGUACUUUGUGUUGUAUUACAUUUUUUCUUUUUUUUCACAUUUCUGUUUGGUUCUGCUUUGUUUUUAAUAUGUGUGUGCAUGGAAUUGGUUUUCAAGAUAUGAACACCCACGACAAUUGUAUGUCUUUGUUUACAAAUUUCAAAUUUUCAUAUUUCAGUUCAAACAACUUAACAUAUUUCAAACAGUAAUGAUAAUCCCUUGCCUUUUUAACUAUCCUUUUGAAGCUAUCCCCUUGGAAAGUUGAAACAGUAAAAUUAAACCUUGCAUAUUUUUAAAUGA